AUGUCUAUCCAUACUCCGCGGCGGCCGUAUAUGCGCGGCCCUUCCCUUGGAAACCAUAACCUCUCUGCGACGUCCUCGCCCAAUCUGGCUGCAUCGUACCAGCGACCGCCGAUGCCUAGUCCGCUCAGCGCCAGCGCGAUUAUGGCACGAAAAGCAUCAUUUAAUCAGCUUACCGCUGGUUCGCUAGCAUCAGUUCCGGACAAUAGUGACAGUUACGGACUUGGAGACUCGCAGAGAUCUGCACGAGGGACACCAAAAACUCCGACCACACGAGUGGUACCUACAAAUGGGGAUGGAGAUAUUGAGGUCGGCGAUACAGUCAAUGUCCCUGGAGGCAUGUACGGGACGAUCAAAUUUAUUGGAGCGGUCAAAGGGAAGAAUGGUGUGUUUGCUGGCGUCGAGCUGAGCCGCGAAUGGGCAUCCCGAGGGAAGAAUGACGGAGCCGUGGAUGGUACCCGAUAUUUUACGACAUCUGUCCGAGGCGCGGGCAUCUUUUUGCCCUUGAGUCGUGCCACCAAACGUGCUUCUCCCACCGCUUCGACGAGAUCUUUCCUGGGAACCCCGACCACCCCGUCCGUGCCUGGCUUCAAUGCGCCAAACAAUGCCGAGUUAUUGUCCCAGUCUACACCUUCAGUACCAAAAUUCAGUCAGUCUGUCGGACCUGGCCGUGGACCUAGUCCGCAGUUCAAACCAAAGUCCCGGCGCUUGUCGCUUCCACGGCCAGAGUCGCCGUUGCGUCAACAACAAAAUCUUCUCCCUACCCCUCGUCAGCCUUCUCUCGGUGCAUCUGUUUCAUCCAACAGUGGGAUCCGUGGGCCUCGAUAUGCACCUAGUCCAACGCCGGGCAGGUUUGGCGCUUCUGUGCGAGGGAGACGAGAAUCAAAUUCCGCGGACCCGAGCAAGAGACCGACAGUAACCCCCAAGGCGGGUCCGAGAUCGAUUAUGAGCCCUCCGCCUCCGCAGGCAAGUUCUCGCAGCGUGUCACGGGCAUCGCGAGCAUCACAGAGUACGUCGCGGCAGAGCGAAGGGUUUGCAUUUGAAGACGACUUUGAAGGUACUCCCAUUGGCGUUGCUCGAACGAACGACAGCGCUGCUGCCCGGUCAGCUUCUGCGCUCAGCAACCGGUUGACACGCACUUCAACUCACACAGCAGACGAGCUAGCUCGAAUGAAGUUGAAGCUGGAAGAGCGAGACCGGCAACUAAAAGAGCAGUCAUCCACUCUUGCAGAAAUGGAAAGCAGCCUUAUCGAGCUGCAAUCCUUGCUUCCUACUCAAGAUUCAGACAUGGUAAUGGGCGUCGGGCCGGGCGACAACGAGGCUAAAAAUGCCGACGUUGCGCAGCUGCGUGCCAUACUGAGAGAAAAGAAUGAAAAGAUUGCUCUCAUCACGGCUGAAUUUGACGCACAUCGCGCCGACUUUAGGAGUACCAUUGACACUCUCGAGCUUGCGAGCGCCGAGACGGAACGGGUCUACGAAAAACGCGUCGAAGAAUUGCUUCAAGAAGUUCGGGAGCUGAACGAGCGCAAUGAAGAUGUGGAAAGCGUUGCCCUUCAGCUCAAACAGCUCGAGGAACUUGUGCAGGAACUCGAAGAAGGACUUGAAGACGCACGACGCGGCGAAGCAGAAGCACGUGGCGAAGUCGAAUUUCUUCGAGGCGAAGUCGAGCGCGGCCGUUCCGAACUGCGACGAGAACGCGACAAGGCAGCUACGGCACUGAAGAGCGGGGGCGCAGUCCCAGGCGCAGGCCCAGCAGCAGCCAUCGAUGGCCGCAUCAGCGCGCGGGACUCGAAAGAAGUUGAGCAAAAGGAUGAUGAGAUUCGCGGGUUGAAGGCCAUUAUCCACUCGCUGAGUCGGGAUUCCGUCAUGUCUUCGACCGAAGCGCGGUCUCCACAAUUUGGAGAUGGAGAGGCGGCUAGUUCGCAGGAGCGUGAGCACAAUCUCCGACUACAAGAGCAACUCGAUGAAGAACGCGCCGCGCGAGAUCGGCUCGAGCAUGAACUCGUCGAGCUGCGAGGACUAUUUGAGCACACGAGCCACCGCGAAGAAGAGCUCGAGCUUGCUCUUGAGCAGGCGGGGUCCGAUGCCAAGGCGCAAACCCAGGGACUACCAGCAUCGAGUCACGUCCACAAUGAGACGCUUGUCCCAGAAUUCGCAUCCGCAUCCACUCCUGCUCCUGCUCCUGCGCCUGCACCUGCGUCAAGUGCGAAACGUCCAAGUCAGCCUGUUCACAUCCAGUACCAUGAAGAAGCAGAGGACGACGACAACAACGACAACGACGUCGACAGUACACGCAGGCCAAGACCAAUGGACAACGACGCCCUGUGGUGCGAGAUUUGCGAAACAGCCGGACACGAUAUCCUCACAUGCACCAAUGUCUUUGGCAGCAAGCGUGGUGACGAUGUUCGCCAAACCACCCCAAGACCUUUGUCUUCUACUUCCUCUUCUUCUUCUCGAACUCCCAGAAAUAGUUCAGGUUCAGGUUCUGGUCCUGGUCAGCGCAACGGCAUGGCCGCCGUGGUCGAAGGCUUGCGCGGACUGGCCCUUUCUCCCCCUCUUCCUCACCCUCCUUCUCAUCCUCCGGCUUCUUUGUCGCGAGACCAAUCCCACCCUUCCCACCCUCUUCACGCUCUUCACCCUCAGCAGCAGCACCACCACCACCACCACCAGCAGCAUCCGCCUCGUUCUUCGUCUCUUGGCGAGCGUGAUCCCGGUCUUCGACCCAUCGACAAAUCCGAGGCCGACUCCACGACCGAGCACCGCGCCGAAGCCGACGUCGCGCCACUUUCUAUAAGUCCUAAGAAACAACGCGCUCCCUCUGCUUCUGUUUCUGCUUCUCCUUCUGCUCCUUUUGCUUCUGCUUCUGCAGCUGCAGCACCAGCUACAUCCGCAGUACCUGCACAAGCACCGGCAGGCUCACCGCAUGCAGACCACCAUGUCGUCGACUCGUCGGGCAUGGUCGCGGGCAAAUCCAGCGGCGUGAUCAACCCGGACAAAUGGUGCGCACUGUGCGAGCAGGACGGGCACGAGAGCGUCGAUUGUCCUCUCGAAGACGCGUUUGCUUAG